GGAAUCAGAGGUCCGUUGUUAUUUUGGAAGAAUGAUCAAGUUCUGUUCGAAAGCUGGAAUAAUGUAAGGAUAGUGUCUUACAAGAAGGAUACGAAUGAAACUAAAGAACUUCCUCUUGUACUGUCUCAUGGUUUUCGAUUGCCAGAUGAAGUUAGAGCAGAAGUUUACACCAGCAGCCUCAUCUCAGUCGCACGAGGAAAUUAGCUUGACAAAACACAUUCAAUCUUUGGGGAAAGCAGGUAUCUUUCGGUUCAAUCUUAGAAACUAUAUCUAUUGUAUGUUAUUUCAGACCAUCUAGCUUAGAGAUGAUCUACUUGAACUAGCAAUCUAUGUUUAAUGUUUAUAUUGGAUUUCUUGUUAUCUAAAGUAACAAUUACUAGUUUUUCUGGAUUAUAUAUAUAUAUAUAUACACUUCUGUGUCCAUCCUGUAUUGUCUACUGUUCUUUAACACUUCUGACUUUUGUUUCUGCCUUUCUAUUGUGUAUUGGGUGUUACUAAGGGGAGAAAAAAACAUUUCAUUUUUGAUAAAUGUGAUCUCCUGUU